AUGUUAUUAAAAAUCCUCAAAAUUAUAGAAUACGUGAACAUCCUAGCGCCCACCCUCUGUUCCCAGCUGGCUGUGCAGCAGAUGAGGAAGCGAGAAGUGGACGAUGGACACAUCAUCACCCUGAACAGUAUGUCUGGUCAUCGCAUUUCUGCUAGCAAUGUCUUUUACUGUAUGACGAAGUUCGCCAUGACAGCCAUGACUGAAGGACUGAGGAGGGAGUUGAGGGAGAUGAAGUCACACAUCAGAGCGACGUGCAUUUCUCCUGGACUAGUGGAGACAGAGUUUGCCUUUCGUCGUAAUAAAGAUGACCCACAAAAGGCUCGAGAUCUUUAUGCCAGCAUUGAAUGCCUGCAAGCCAAGGACCUUGCUGAUGCAGUUCUGUAUGUCUUGGGUGCCCCACCACAUGUGGAGAUUAAUGACAUUUGGAUGAGGCCAACAGAACAGACCAUGUAACAGACAAGGAUCUUCAGCACAGAUAAUAGAAAUGGCUAGAUACCACAAAACACCUAUGAGGUACAUGAAGCCCCGCAACUCUGAAGCCACAAUUUUUUUCUGGUGGACUGAUGGAUACCUGAGGUACCUCUCAGUCUCCACAAAGUUAGGUCAGGGCAUCUACUUCUCACCAGGUUCCAGCUUGAUUGGAAGUGGCAACUUUUCUCAAACUAGACUGUAGUAUUUCUGGGGAUGAAUUUGCAAUUCAUAGGUGAUAGCUGUCUAUAGACAUUCCAUAGACGAAAGAGAUUGAUUGCCAUUAUUACGACGGCAGACCUUAGUAUCUGAUCUUAGUGUCCGAACUUUAUUAAUAUAUGUUUGGACUUUCAAAUCAAAUGAUCAGGAAAAUUAUUCCCGUCCAAUAAUCCAAAGUAUGUGAACAUGCUUUUGUUAAUUGUAUCUCAACAGAUGUUGUCCCUUUAUUCUCAUUGUAGUAUUCUAAGAACUGGGGAACACCCCUCCCCCUUUACAUAUGCAGUGUGCCACACAUUUCCAGAGCUACCUCAGUAAAUUAUGCAUCCAAUAAAGUAUCAGAAUCAGCAAA